AGAAUGCAUUCUGGGAUAAAGAGAUUGAAACAACACUUAGCCGUUGGAUAAGGGAGAUGAGAGCAUAUAUGCAAAAAACUUCACGGAAGCCUUCGAUGAGGUUUGAAGAUGUUGUUUCUAACAAUGAAACCCUUGAAGAAGCGGCAACACAUCUGGAACCACCGUCAUCUACAGAUGCCACUUCUCAUCCAAGUUCUGGGACAGCUUCAAAAAGGAAACAGUCGGUUUCUAGAUUUUUUGAAUCACAGGAAAAGGCACCAAAACAAACCAAGUCGGUUGCUUCGAUGCUAAGGAAGACUCCAGAAGAAGUUGUGGAUGAAAGGCACACCAAGGGAGCUUAUCAAUCAACCAUAGAGAGCACAACACGGAGCAAGGAAGAAAGGGAACGGGUAUUAAUGCAUAUUGCUGAUUUCUUUUUUGAGAACAAUAUCUCUUUCAAUGCGGCUAAUUCAAGGAGUUAUGAAGUUAUGGUCGAGUCCAAAGGGCAAUAUGGACCAGGCCUUAAACCGCCAAUUUUUCAUGAGUUGCGUGUUCCCCUUCUUGAGAAGGCCAAAAAGGAGACGGAAAAACUUAAAGAAAAGCAUGAAAUUUCUUGGAACGAGCAUGGGUGUAUGCUAAUACUAUCAGCAACAGAGGCAGGGAAAAGAGUAAGUGACAUUAUUUUUUCUUCUAGUUUUUGGGCGACGGUGGAGGAUUCUUUGCGAGCAACACACCCAUUGUUGUUGGUGUUGAGGAUUGUUGAUGCUGAUGAAAAGCCCGCUAUGCCAGAACUUUUGUUGGCUAUGGAUCUAGCUAAAAGCAAAAUCACACAUGCUUUACAAGCUAAGCCAACAAAAUUGAGAAAAGUCAUGGAGAUCAUUGAGAAUAGGUGGGAAGACCAGAUGGGAGUGAAUUUAUAUUCGGCGGCUUUAUUUUUAAAUCCGUCGAAAUAUUUUGAUCUUAAGAAAAAAGAUGCAAUAGCGGCUUCUCAUCAUAGAAUGAUAUUCAAUGAUGUGCUGGAGAAGAUAAUCCCUGAUGAGUCUUUGCAAGGGAAAUUAAUGGAUCAGGUCACUCAAUAUGACAAAUUGCGUGGUAGUUUUGCAAAACAACUUGCAAUUAACCAACAAAAGACAAAGAGCCCAAUUGAUUGGUGGGAUGCAUUUGGUGGCUUUACUAUAGAGCUCCAAACUCUUGCGAAGCGUAUCAUUGGACUAUGUUGCACUUCUUCUGGAUGCAAACGCAAUUGGAGCACAUUUGAACACAUUCACAGCAAGAAAAGAAAUCGAUUGGAGCAUAAGAGGUUGAAUGACUUGGUAUUCAUCAAGUAUAAUCGUAGGAUUGCAACAAGAUUUCAAAAGCGCCAAGAACAAGGAACUGAUUUUAACCCUUUGAUUUAUGAGGAUUUUCAGUGGGAUAACAAAUGGGUUAGUAAUGAAGUUGUUCAUCCAGGCCAAGAUCUUCUCUGGACUACAGUUGAUGAAGCUAUGGGUGCUUCUACCAAUCUUGAAGGACGUAAUGCUCCGAGGAGAGGUUGUACUAGUGAAGCUAAUCAAGGUGCAAGUUCUAGUGUAGCAACUUAUCAACGCCAAAGAAGGUCUACUUCUGGAGCACCAUUGCCUGCUCAAGAAUCUCAAGAUGGUGAUUGUCAUGGUGAGCCAGACGUGUUUCCAAAUGAUGAUGAAGAUGUCGAAGAUGACUUUGGCCAAGCACCACCGUCCCCUCAUCAUAGUGCCCAAAAUUCAAGCAAUGACGUUUUUGAUUCAACGUGUCUUGAAGAUUUUUGAGACUUUGUUGUCAAGCAAUGACUUUUUCAAUUCUACUUUUCUUGAUGGAAGAGCUCGAGAAGUUACUUCCAUAAUGUGAGAAUGUGAGAUGCUCUUGCCACAAUUUGAUAUAUAUAGACUCUGAAAUAGGACCAUUGAUGGAAAGUCAUCAUCAAGUAAAAUCAUCAUGACUAUGUGUGACAUCAAUUACGCAUCAUGUUAUCAUCAUCAAGUACAUCAAUUACAUAGAUGUCAUGUAAUCAUCAUCAAGAACAAGUAUAUAUGGAUUAUAUGAGUAUCAUGUAAUCAUCCUCACAAGCAAAUUGAUUAAAUGUGCCAUCAUGUAAUUAUCAUCAAAAAUUUAUCAUCAUGAAUCAUCAAAUUGACCAUAUGAUAUAAUGUG